CUCUCGCAGUGCAACAUGUACUCGGCCUGCGCGUCCACCCGCUCGAGCCGAGCCGGCUCGUUGCUGGUGGAGGCGGAGGACGGCGAGCCGGAGCCCGAGGAGGAGGAGGAGGCGGGGCGCGCGCGGGCGGCGUGGCGCAGCGCCAGCUGCCGCAACCUGCGCGACUUCAGCUUCGACGACGCCGGCCGCUCCAAGCGCGGCCGCGACACGCGCAGCAUGCUCGCCGACCUCGACUCCUACUACCCGGCCGGCGCGCGCCGCGUCGACUCGCCCGUCACGCGCUACGACGACGCGCGCACGCUCGCCUUCGUGCUCGGCACGCGCGGCUCGCUGGACGCGCAGCGCGAGAUGAUCACUCGCACCUACUCCGCUAGUUUCCCGGGCGCCAUCAGCGAGCCGCGCCUGGAUCUGCCUGCGUUCGCGCGCAGCGGCUCGCAGGACGACCUGUCGCACGACAGCUACGAGUUGGUGGAGCGGUCGGACGACGAGUGCUCGGAGGCGCGGCCGCGGCGGCGCUCGCUGGCGCGCACGCGCUCCUGCUCGCUCGACUCCGGCAACGACCUGCCGUCCGACGACGACCAGUCGCUCUCGCACCUCUCCGAGUCCGACGACCGCGAGCCCGACCUCGACGUCGUCCGACUCAAAUAUAGGAGUGACAACGACAUACCGCUUGAUCCUUUCUUGAUAGACGAUCCGAGAGUUUUGCCUCGAGAAAAAUUGUCCGUCAGGUCGGACGGUAGUUUCUAUAAAGAAAUUAAGCGUGCUCUCGGAUCGAGGACUUCCAGUCAAGAAUCUAAAAGCGAUAUUUACGACUCAAAAAUUUCUAAAAGUAGCGCAGAAUCUAGUAAAAAAUCUCGCGAUAGCGUUUAUCAUACGGAUAGUAAGAAAUCUCGGGAAACUUUAAAGAGUAAGAGUUCAGAUAGAUCGGGAUCGAGAACGUCCAGUCAGGAUUCGAAGUCUGAUUAUUAUGACUGUAAAAAGAAUCUCUAUGAACCCGAUGACAUUAGUAUUAGACGUCGUAGUAUUACUAGUAUUCAGAAUGCUUAUAUUGAUCCCUUUGAACCCAUAUCGCCAUCUUCUAGUCCUGACUCGACGAAAGAUUUUUACGAUACUCAAUCUACUUUUAUCGGUAUGGAGAAACCAGAAUAUAGUGAGAAAACUUUGUUCGAUAAGUCCCACGAAGAUUUGAUUGCCAAUCUUGCUAAUUCGCCUAAUUAUUAUCAUAUACCAACUCCUUACUCUACAUUUCCUAGUAACAAUAAACAUAAGGAACCUAGUCCUUUACACUCUGCAAGUUUACAAAACGUUGAACUGGAGCAAUACGGCCAGUACUCUGAUCUCAGUCCUCCUAAGAAAUCCGAUGAUUUAUCUACAGAAGAAGAAGAUUUACACCCUCAAACUACACAUAUUUGGCCUGAGAAAAUAGUAGGGCUUGAUACCGAAAUCGAUAAUAGUAGAGCAGCGAAAAUUCACAGUUAUCAAAGACGACGCUCUUCUGAUACUGUAUUCAGUUUUGAUAAAGAAAAAAUUGAAUCGUUGACACGUUCUAUCAGCAAGGAAAAUCCUCCAUCACACCUGGUUAAGGAAUCAUCCAAUGAAUCUGAUGUAAAUGUUCGUAUAUUACCCGCUAUGGAUAGCAUUGAAUAUACAAAAAAUAAAGUGAAAGCAGCCUCAAUUCAAGCGGAAUCACCUUCAAUUCUCCAGUCCGAAUUCGAUAAGAAUAUGCGUAGUAAAGGACAUAUGCAUGUUGUUCGAAAGGAAAGCUUGAAAGAAGAGUUGAUGGCGAAGACACACUUCGAUGAGUAUAAUCCAAAACUUAUUCUUGAGACUAGUUCAAGCAGUCGUCUUACGGACACUGCUAUUCCGUACACUCAUCCUACCGUAGAGAGAACCAAGAGUGAUCCAAAUAGUCUUGCUAAUAGACCUCGAUUCAGUAGCGUCAACUCUCGAAGACAUGUCUUGAUGCAUCAAAAGUCCAUUGACUUAACUCCAGCGGAAUCGAGUGAUGAAGAUUACAUAUUUCGCCAAAUACCAAGUGCCCCGCCGAUUGCUACUAAACGGUCGCACUUUGAAUUACCCUCCAGGAAUGCGGACUACAUACGUACACCCUUUGAUUUACCGAAAAAUUAUUUCAAGGAGUUCGAUGCUUUUAAAGCUGGCAUUAAAGACAAUAAAAAAGUAGAUGAUGGAUACGAUAUACCGUACGUAUUACAUAAAAGGCAUGUCAUGAAUGGGACGGCACCAUCGCCUAUAGAAGAUAAGAGACAACAGCCACCAGAUAUCAUUAUGUUGCCGCCACAAAAUGGCAGACACAUAGUAAGUGCUCAUCCUAGAUGCAAGUAUCACGAUCAUCCGAAGUCUCCGCGUUCGCCAAAAUCACCAAAAUCACCGAAAUCGCCAAAAUCUCCCAAGUCACCAAAAUCUCCGAAGUCACCCAAGUCUCCUAAGUCACCAAGAAAUAGCAUUCAAGUUGAACACUCUUCUAAAUUCUUGGAAGUAGAAAGUCGUGACUUUUUAUUCACACAAAAUAUUGAUUUAUCGAAAGUAGAUCCAGUGACCUUAGAAGUUGAUAAAAGUUGUCAACUGCAACAUUUACCAAGUCCAAAGAGAGAUAUUACAAAAAAUCUGGAUCCAGUAUUGCUUGAGACAUUAAAUUCUAAACUAAGUCAGAUAGAAAGUGACUCAGCUACAAGUUCUAAAACGGACAGUAUUAGACAAGAGCCACAAUUUCCACAUGAUAUUAAAUUUGCUAUAAAUGGUCGUAAUAUACAACAACCACCAAUAUGUAAAGAACCUAAACCCAUGACGGCUGCUGAAAAAUUACGCGCUGAUAUCAAAUCUAAAUCUGAAAAGCUACCACCUAAAAGAGGAUCCAAAGGUCGUGGAACAAGCAAAAAAGGCACAGGUGGCAAAAUCAAGACUAAAAAUAAUAAUAAAAUCAGAAUUACUUCCUUCUCUUCGGAUGAUGAAAGUGUUGAUUCUGAUGACGUAUUUGGUACGACUGAGGCAGCACCUAAGUUAGAAUUUUCUCCGCCACAGUCACGUAAAGAUUUGGAACCCAUUCUGCAACUAGAAUAUGAUAAAAUUACUUCUGGAGCCUGGCAUCGUGGUCAGACUAUGAGCUCUACAGAAAUCGAGGGAUCUCCACCGCAGUGUCGUAAGUUAAUGGAGCUUGAGGCAAAGUAUAACCCUCAAAUACUCGACAGUGUCACUGGUAAUGCUACUGAGUUACGGCGAAUUUCUGAAAGAUCUAUUUCUAUUCCAAGUUCUGAAGAUGACGUUGCAAUUAAAGUACCAGAAAUCAAACAAACAACCAAAGAAAACUCGCCUUGGGAGUACAAUGAAAAUAUACCUUCACCUAUAUUAGAAAGUACAGAAUUUAUCAAGUCAGAUGACGAACACUUGGCAGAUAUGGAAAUUCAAAAGGUAACUGGCAUGGCCACUCAAUCAGAAGAGCAUAGCGAAUCAAAAGACGAUAUAAAAGAUGGAAGUAAGUUGAAUGUGAAAAAGAGUCUACGAGACGAAUUAAUAUCGCCAAUGUUACGUAAACCAGGUGGUACGCCGAUACUUUUUGCUCAUGCAAGAUUAAACCUUUCUGAGGGAUCUGUUUUCUCGCUACAGCGUCAAAAGGCGACACAGGACUCUCCAACAGCCAGCCGUAGGGCCAAAAGUUUAGAUACUCCCGUUAUUCAACUCCACAGAUUACCACCAAUGAAUGCGUUCUCGUCAAAAGACGACACCGUCGAAGAUAUAAAUGAGGAAGGUGAAAUAUUGGAAGAGAAAUCGCUGAUCGAUGAGAAAUCUAUGAAAGCUGUAACGGUUAAGAAAGAAACAAUAGACAAGAUUGAGGAAGUAGAAGAAGAUCAAUCUGCAGAACUCACCGAGGACGUAAAGUCAGUCAUAAUUGAUAACGAAGAACUACAGUUAUUAGAAGAUUUGGUUGAACAGAGAAGACCUAGAUCAUUUAAACGUAGAUAUGAUUUGAGUAAAUUGAAUUCUCAGGUCAAAUCACCAUCACGAUCUCCGAUCAGCAGAUCACCAUUAUCUCGUUCUCCUAUUUCUAAAUCGCCAUCCAGAUCACCUACCUCUUCUUUAAAUUCACCAAGAGGUAGUAUCAGAAAGUUAUCAGAUUUAAGCGAAGAUCAAAUUGUACCUGACAUGGAGAGAAUAAAACGUAAAGAAAAGAAGAAGCUGACACUUAAAACGAAACCCGAGGAAAAGCAAAAGAUUAGUGGUAAACUUAAUAAAGGAGGCUCUUUGGAUACUAACGCGACUAAAGUGAAGGCCUUACAAACUCAAAAGUCAUUGCCAUCUUCUUUAAAAGAACGACCGGACUUUUUAACAGUUCCUCCUCUUGACAUAGCACGUGCUAAAAGUCAAGAGUUAGAGCAAACAGCGAAGAAGAUGGCCAAGGAAAAAUCUAAAUCACUCGAGAAAAUGGAAAUUAAACGUGGCGGAAGCAAAGAAAGGACUAAAUCACAAGAAGAUAGCGAUACUGAAAUUGCAAAACGCAAAGAAAAACAACAAAUGCUGUUCGAAGCGGCCUUAAAACAAACAAAAACUCUUAUUAGUCCAGUAAAAGAUACUUUACCGCCUUUUCCUCCACCAGAGGAUAAAAUACUGGUCAAAACGGAAGGUGACAAGAUUAUUAUUGAAACUAAAAUCAAUAGCAAAGCUGAAGAUCAUGUGUUUAUUGCAAAAUCUCCAAAGAAACUUGAUAACAAAUUGAAUGGUAAAAUCAGCAGGAGUUUUGAGGACCAAAAAACAUCAAAAAGUAACGACAAAAUUAAUAAAAGUAUGGAUGACAAAUCCAGUCAAUCUUUGGAAGAUAAAUUGGACGACCUUGCAGCUCUUCAAAAAUCACCUAAAACUUUAUCUAAAAAACAAGAAAUUAAACAACAGAUUGAAGGAAAAGUAUUUUACCAAAAAAUUAAUCCAAGUGUUAAAUCUAAAAGCUUGGAAAGAAAAGUAGAUCCCCAUCUUGACUCUAAGAUAAAAUCUAAAAGUUUAGACAGAAAUUAUGUAACUCCUCUCUCAAUGGUAACCCCAGAAAUCUGCGAAAGACACUUUAAACAAGAAGUUGUAAAGGUCGACGUACAUCCAAGCGUUAGGGAGGAGGCAGAAAUAGUCAAAGAGCAUGGAAUAAAAGAGAUAUCACCAACUCAUAGCUAUAAAGAAAAGACCGAAGAUGAUUCGUCUAUUGAAUGGAUGACUAGUUCUCAGUAUACCGUUAUAGAAAACGAUACCCAGACUGUUAUAAUGGAACGUCGUAAAAUUGAUAUAUAUAACAAGCAAAGGCAAACCGAGCUACAGGAAAGUAAAAGUGCCCAAAAUAUACAUGAACUAGCAACCACCGAAAGAAAACGUGAGGUAGCACGUUUAACAAGUGAAGAAGAAUCUUUAACUGAAGUUAGUGAACUAAAAGUAUCUGAUGACAGUCAUGUAUUAGGGAUUUCGUUGCCAUAUAUUGAUGCUGAUAGUUCUUCUGAUCAAGAUCAGGGUUCGAAAAAGGGCAAAAGAAUUAGAUUGGCUCGUGGUAAAAGCGAUGAUACUGGUUCUUGGAUAACUAUUGAUUAUGACGAUUAUACCGGGGAUAUAGAAUUACCGCUGUCCGAUACAAGUAACAGGAUAAGCAAAGGUAGAAGAAUAUUAGACACUCAAGGUACAUUCGAUGAAUCUUCAGCAAGUUUAGUAGAAUUCUUAAAACACGAGACUAUGUCUCAAUUAAACUCUGAUACUGAAACAGAGCGUGAUAUAAAAGUCACGCCCGACUCUACUAAAACUGUAGAUUUGAACCUUAAAUGGAAGAAUAAAAAUAAAAUUAUCGUCACACCACCACAAGAAAACAGUCCAACUAUUGAAAAUAUACCAUUUAUAGACUCGAGCACUUCGAAGUCUACAAAUAAAUCUGAAUCUGGUGAGCACACUGGAAGUUCAGGUAGUGACAAAUCGCCAACGGAGCAAAAACCCGAUCAACGAACUUUGUUAACAGCCAAAUCUAGACGUACAGAAUUAUUGAAAUUGAGUGCAGAACGGUCUCGAAGUUCGGAGUCAACCUCAUGGACAAGUAUAGAAAAGGAUGUAAGUCCAUCGAGUGCAAAUAUCAAGGGAAGCUCAAUUGAUGAUGAAUCUAGUGUGAGCUGCUCUAUUGCCAGACCGCUUGGUAUAUCACAAGAUAUUGAAAAACUUAACAAAAAAGACAGAGAGUGCUUAGAAGAGCUUAAACAAGCUAUGGAAUAUGGUGAAGAGCAUUUACUGUCUCAGCACACUUUAUCAAGCGAACAUUCAAAAUCCAAUUCGAAAUCUCCUUCGCCAGUAUGUGCUAGUUCGCCAACAAGGAUAGAAAGUCCUCGAAGUCCUUCAAAAUAUGCAAGAAAAUCACCAACACCUACUUUAGAGAAACAAGGUCAAGUUGAUUCUCAAAAAGCUCCAACUGAUUCGGAAUCCAGUUCUGAAAGUAUUGACAAGACUGUUGAACAGCUGUCGAGGCCGAAUGUCAAGAAGAGUGGCUUAGAUAAAAUUGGUAAGUGUGUUAUUGAAGAAUCUGAAUCGAGUCAAUCAACUUCGAAAACAUCAGACAUCAAAAAAGAUCUCCAUAAAACUGUUAGGAAAACUAAAAUUGCUAUUACAAUAUCCCAGGAAGAUCAAAAUACUACUAUAGAUUUUGAUGACGAUGGCAAUGUUAUUACGUCGUCUUUUGAGAGAGAAUUAAUGAAAAAGAGGUCACUAAAAGACACAGAUCAAAAAAGUUCAUCAAAAUCUAGUAUGGAUACGACAACAACUACUACUCCAUCUAAGGGCUCUCUUAGUGUAGAUGACUCUUCGUCAAGAAGAAAAGGUCGCCUUCUUGAUGACCAGAAGAGCUCAUCUAAAUCUAGUAUGGAUUCUAGAGGAUCUCUCAGUGUGGAAUCGAGAGGAUCUUUUGAAACGACAGAAUCCACCUCUGGCUCCUUAGGAGAAGCUUAUCGUCGCGGUGAAGAGUUAAAGCCUACAUGGCGCCCCUUCUUUGGAGCUUCGGGUAGUGAAAAUAGUACAAGCAUUGAAGAGGCGUGGAUACCUCAAGAUCAUGAAGGGUACGAAAGUCUAACAAUUAAUAAAGACGUCUUUGAAUAUAAUAAUCAAAGAAUGUUGGAUGAUUUCCAAACAUUCUCCAAAAAUCCACCGUUAUCUGCUAAUACAUCUAAAGAUUCUACGGAAGCCGACUUUACAGAUGACCUGAACGAUUUCCCCGUAAAUUUUCUUUAUCCAGCGACAUCGUCAACUCCUUCGGAUGUUGUUAUUGGCUAUGGUCAAAAUUUCGGGCGCACAUUAUCUAGAAUAUCAGAAAGAAGUACGGCAUCAGAAAAAACAAGCGCUGACGAAGAUUCCACUAAAGCCUGCUCUCGAUCUGAAAGUAUUAAUGAAGAAUCUUUGAACUCCAGUGAUCAUCAAGCCAGUCUUAGUUCUGAUCCUCCUAGUAAUGCAAAUGUAGCUUAUAUUUCUGAUACAGAUAGAAGGACUUCCGCUGAAAUGCCGGAUAUACCAAUAGAUCAAACAAAAAUUAGCGAAAUGUAUGAAAGUAUAAAAGAGUCUGACAAAAUUAGUAAAAAGAAGGAUGAGUCGUGGGAUCAAAAGAAAUCUAGUGGAAGUCCUGAAAAAGCUAGUAAAUCAAUUUUGAAAGCCCCAUUAAAGCAGUCUUCUGCAAGUGAAAGCCAGGAAUCAGACGAUUGGCCCUUACCAGAAUUACCUCCUCUUGUUAGUCCUAAACUAGACCAAGGAGAUAGAAGACGAAGUUCAUCUGAUGACCAGUGGCCGCCAGUACCUUGUAAUUUAUUAGAAACGCCCAUAAUUGAAAAAAUACAUAUAUAUUAUAUGAAUAACGAACCUGAGCAAGCCACAAAGGUUACUCUUCAGUCCGAGAGUUCUAGAGAUAAUUUACAGGGUUCAGAUGACGAUAGUGAUACAUUAAACAACGAUGAUGAUUUAGAGAAGGAUAUUCUAGAAUCUAAAUCUGAAAAAUCAAAAGAUCGUAAUGAAGAAGAAGCAAAAACUGUAAAGGUUAUACCUUAUGAACAAUCUGGAUAUAUGGUGGAACCUUUAGAAAAGCAUGAUGAAUUUACUUGCCUUAAUAAAGGUGUAUCAAAUUAUGAUAAAUCCUGUUUAAGUGGAACUUUAAGUAGGGCUACUUGCCUUAUAAGUGAUAUGGGAUCAUGCUGUUCUCGCGGCGAACAUAAAUCAUUUGUUAUCAAAAGCAAUUUAGAAGAAAAGGUAGUUAUUAGUCAACCUCAAAAGUCGCCCACUAAUCAUAGUCCUAUAUUUGAAGAUCCUGAUGAUGUAUUUGGCGCUGACAGUAAAUCUCUAUCGCCUGAUUUUGAUAGAUUUUCGCAAAUGGGGACACAAAAAUAUUCAUACGGAUCUAAUAAUUCAGACACAUCUAUUGACGACCUUCUGUCGCAAACUGGGGCUGAUGAGACUGUCCGUGCCGCCACUAAGCUGAGUACAAGUAGUGCAGGGACAUGUAAAAGAUGUAGUCACAGUAGUCAUUCGGAGGAGGAAACUAGUUCUUUUGGCACUGAUUUAGACGGAACUGUGAAAAUUGGACUACCUCAAAAAAAAUGUACGCAUAGCUCACAUUCUGAAGAUACAUCAAUUUGCUUAAGCAUUUCAGAGUGGUCAACGGGGACCAAUACUGUGAGGCAAUAUGCUAACCUUUCGGCUUCUGAAAGCAUUUCAGGCGUAUCUGUUCCUAAAAGUGAGAAAUCUGAGAACAUAUCGGGUAAAGCAUAUUCUUCCUCUCAAACAAGUAAAAAAUCUGAACAGAAACCGAAGAAAAUUUCCCAUGGUGAAAUGAGCUCUAAAAGUAGUAGCUUAGAUAAAAGUUCUGAAAAUAUUAAAUACGAUAAAUUAUGUAGUUCUGAUACUACUACAAUAUCUCGGAAAGGUAUAGAUAGCAGCUCUGGGACUAAAAGCGAUAGUACUCUUACAUUAGCUCAGUCUAUUUCCGAUUGGUCAGCUAGCACAAGUCAUACUCUCAUAGUCACCACUCGUGAGGAUCAGCCAGAUACUGACAAUUCCAAAUCUGAACACACAGCAGUUAUGGGACCGCCGCCUGAUAUCGAAGAAAAGAUAGAUUUAGAAAUGGAAUUGGAGAAAUCAUCUUCACCAUCUAAAGAACCUUUCGAAUGUAAAGAGCAUGUGCUUAGAUUAACAGCACCUUAUGCUACCAAAAAUGACAAGUCUUCUUCAAUUAGUUGUAGUGAUAAAUCGGAUAAAUCUAGCUCAAGUUCAUUGAGUAGUUUACAAAAACAUGCUAACGGUGUACUUAGAUUUGAACAAAGGUUGAAAGGCUAUCAGUUACCGCACGACGCAACUCAUGAACGUUAUCAAAAAGGACCUUCAAAGAGUAUGAGUUAUGAGGAGCAAUCUCAUAGAUAUAUGAAACCAACGACUCGUUGUCAAAGUGAGGAUAGUGGUUUUAAACCGUAUGUCGUGGCACCACAGCCUGAAUUAGAUAUCGAUAUGCCGUCUCAGUUGUACAGCCAAGAAGAGAAGCAUAGUGAACGUUAUCAAAGUCAGGAAUUUUCUAAUAUUAUUCGAGAAGAUACUGGUAAUCAAUUUAUAAGAUCUGAUUAUAAACCUUUAGCUAAGCAUGCGAGCUAUGAUGAUAAAACACUUUCUAAAAACCAGAUUAAAGAAUAUAAAUCAUCACAACAAUUUCGUAGUAAGCCUAAAAGUUGGUCGUUUCAUGAACACUAUUUAGCUUCGUCUGAUUUACCAUUGAUAUCUGUACCAGAAAUCCCAUCGGUACAUAGAGAAUUUUCCGAAAAGAAAUCUGGAGAAAGGUCUGGGAAAACACCUCUCUCGCGCUGCUCACCUUACUAUUCUAGCAGUCUGAGUUCCGAAUCCCCACCUAUUCAGCCCUUGAAAACACCCGUAAAAAAAUCGUUUUUAGUUAGAAAUAUUUCUUUAAAGAGCCCACCUAGUGGUAACGACACUGAUAGCUCUCUAGAUGUUAUAAGAGAUCCGCGAGAACGAAUGCGUACAUUUAGACGUAAGAAGCAGGUUACUGGAGCUCGAAAAAAGCAAGAAAAAAUACAAGAUGUUUUGGAGGAGGACUCCACUAAAAGUCAAUAUUCUUCUGAAAGUGAUUUACAUCAAGGAUCCAAGUAUUUAGUUGUAGAAGACACUUUAAGACGGAUGGAGAGUUCGGAAUGUUCUGACAGUUAUGUUCCAGAAGUCGAGUCUGGAUCUUCUGAAGUAUCCAAAGGAGAUUCUAAGAAUUACGACGUACCAGAUCCGGUAAGUUAUUCUGAGGACGAAGGUCAAGGCGAAUAUUCUAAAUAUAAAAGUGCUAACUACGAGGCCCAACAAUUUCCUAUUAGCAUAACUCCCGUCCAGUUUCAAGGAUUUGGAUCUUCUGCUGACGAAGAUGAAAUGGGCUUUCCUCGUUUUGAUAGAUUAGGUCGAUUGCGACACCCUUACCUUGAUACACAGGAACCGAGUUACGUACAAGAGGACAGCCCUCCCAGAGUGUCGUAUUCUAAUAAAAGCAGUCGCCAAUCCUCUUUGAAGAAAGGGAAGUCGGGUUACCGUCAAUCCGAAGAGAUGUCUCUCGGGGAGCCUUCUGGACAACAUCAGCCAAGAGCAAUAUUUUACGAUGAACAGAGUGAUAGAGAUGAUUCUGACGACUACGCUUAUCCUAUCGAUACUAUUAAAAGAGCGCCAAAAAUGACAAAAUCUGGAAGUUACUUAUUCGAGCGCGGCGAGUCCGUAGCCUAUUCAGAUACCGAACUGCCUCAGGAUAAGGACGAAUAUGAGGAAUAUAGAGGCAGUCCUUAUCCAGAGCAAUACGAAGAAGCCGAUAUGUUCCAGACACAGGAGUGUUAUCCUCAGUACGAACACGACAUAGAGGGUGGGGAUGAUAAUGAGGACCAUUACACUAGAGAUCUCGACCAACGUUUCAGCUUGAACAAUGUGGAACGAUUUUAUUCCAGUCAUUACGUUGACUCGCAAGCCUCUAGCGACAGUCCCGAACAAAAGUUUGAUGUAUCUACUCUUCCUCCUCCUCUUUGCUCCGAUGAUGAAAAUGAUUAAGUUCGCUUUCAGAAUAUUAAAGCCUUCAGAGUUUUGUUCGGUUGUUGUCACUACUUAUUUCGUCGGAUCGACGUCAAUGCGAGCGUGCUAAUUACUAUGCGUUUCGAGAUUUAAAUUCUAAUUACGCAAUUGUUAUAAUUGAUAUUUGAUAUUAGGGUAAUCAUUAUAUUGAAUAUUUACAUUGUCAUUUUGACUAAUUAGUAAAAAUGAAUUAAAAAAAUAUAUUUAGUGCCAAAUCCGGAUAGCGCGACCCUUUUGAGUAACGUGUGUAAUGCGGACUUAUACCUACCUGUAG